AACCAGCUCAUCUAUUGCCUUAUCUUUAUCGGCCCAAAUGAGAUCUAGUUUAGGGUUUUGUCAAUUUUUAGGUAUUUGAACACUUUUGAUUUCGCCUACACUCUCUUUCUCUCUCUCUCUCUUCCCUAGUCCCCUGCAAAUCUCUCAGCGUGCAACAAUGGCAUUCGUGAAAGCUCAAAAGUCGAGAGCUUACUUUAAGCGAUACCAAGUUAAGUUCAGGAGAAGGCGUGAGGGUAAGACCGAUUAUAGGGCCAGGAAUCGCCUGAUUAAUCAGGACAAGAACAAGUACAACACUCCAAAAUAUCGUUUUGUUGUGCGAUUUACAAACAAAGAUGUUACCGCACAAAUUAUAUCCGCUAGCAUAACUGGUGAUUCAGUUCUUGCUUCUGCAUAUGCUCACGAACUUCCUCGUUAUGGACUUGAAGUGGGUCUUACAAACUACGCUGCAGCUUACUGCACUGGGCUUCUUCUGGCGAGGAGGGUAUUGACUAAGCUUGAAAUGGAUCAGGAGUAUGAAGGGAACGUGGAGGCAACUGGGGAAGACUUCUCUGUUGAACCAGCAGAGACCAGGAGACCUUUCCGUGCUCUGCUUGAUGUAGGACUUAUAAGAACUACUACCGGAAAUCGUGUUUUUGGUGCAUUGAAGGGAGCUCUGGAUGGUGGACUAGAUAUACCUCAUAGUGACAAGCGUUUUGCUGGAUUCAGCAAGGACGGCAAGCAGCUUGAUGCCGAGGCUCACCGCAAAUAUAUCUACGGUGGGCAUGUUUCUGGUUACAUGAAGACAUUGAUGGAAGAUGAGCCUGAGAAGUACCAGACUCACUUCAGUGAAUAUGUUAAGAGAGGAAUCGACGCAGAUGGCCUUGAGGCAUUGUACAAAAAGGUUCAUGCUGCUAUACGAGCUGACCCUACCGCAAAGCAAUCUGAGAAAGAAGCUCCUAAAACACACAAGAGGUACAACUUGAAGAAAUUGACAUAUGAUGAGAGAAAGGCUAGCUUGAUAGAGAGGUUGAAUGCCCUGAAUGCUGCAGCUGGAGAUAUGGAGGAUGACGACGAGGAUGAAGAUGACGAGUGAGGACAACUUUGUUAUAGACAGUUUCUGUUAUGAUAUCCAUAGUCCAUACAUCUUGGGAAAAAUUCAAUUUUGUCCGACAUUUUUACUCUUGUGAAAUCUUAUUUUACAAACUUUUUUUUGAAUUAUGGUUUUGAUCCGCCAAACGUUCAGCUGUAGCUGGUUCAAAUUCUGAGUUGCUUUAACUAUGAUUCUGCACUCAAAUUAGUCUUUUAUCUCAGCUUUUUUGGUCGA